CAAUCUUGAAGCAGUUUUCUCCCUCUCGUCCAUCUCAAUAAGUACUCGCUUCUUAAUUAGGCUCCCAGGCCAUGGGCAGCAACACCCUUACGUUGAUGCACGAGAUCCGGCGCUCGCAUCGUGCGGAGGGGCCUGCGGCCAUCCUCGCCGUCGGCACGGCAAACCCGCCCAACUGCGUGUCCGAGGAGGAGUACCCGGACUACUACUUCCGCGUAACCAAGAGCCAACACCUCACCGACCUCAAACAAAAACUCAAGACCUUCUGCCAGAUGACCUCAACGGAGAAGCGCUACUUUCACCACACGGAGGAGCUACUCGACGCCCACCCCGAAUUCCUCUGCCGCGACAAGCCGUCCCUCGACGCCCGGCUGGACAUCGCCGCCGCCGCUGCUCCAGAGCUGGCGGCGUCAGCCGCAGCCAAGGCCAUAGCCGAGUGGGGCCGUCCGGCCACCGACAUCACCCACCUCGUCGUCAGCACCAACUCCGGCGCGCACGCCCCGGGCGCUGACCUCCGCCUGGCCUCUCUCCUCGGCCUCCGCGCGUCCGUCUGCCGGACGAUGCUCAACCUCAACGGCUGCUCCGCCGGUGCCGCCUCCCUGCGUCUCGCCAAGGACCUGGCCGAGAACAACCGCGGCGCACGGGUCCUGGUGGCCUGCGUCGAGCUCACCGUCGUCGCCUUCCGCGGGCCCGAGGAGGCGUACCCACACAGGCUCAUCAGCCAGGCGAUCUUUGGCGACGGCGCAGGCGCGGUCAUCGUCGGCGCUGAUGCCGUGCUCUCCGUCGAGCGCCCUCUCUUCGAGAUGGUGUCGGCCUCGCAGACCACGAUACCAGCAACCGAUGGCGUGCUCACCAUGCAGCUCACGGAAGCCGGCCUCGACGGCGACAUCUUCACCAGGGAGCUCACUCCUCUAGCCGCACAGCACAUCGGGCAGUGUCUCACGGACGCGUUCCAGCCGCUUGGAAUAAUGAGCGGCGGUGCCGAAUGGAACGAUCUGUUCUUUGUGGUGCACCCUGGCCUCCGUGGAAUAAUGGACCACAUCGACGGGGCCCUCCGGCUGGAUCCCGGGAAGCUGGCGGCGAGCAGGACCGUGCUGAGAGAGUACGGGAACAUGCUCGGUGCGACGCUGAUCUUCGUGCUCGACGAGCAGCGGCGGCGGAUGGAGGAGGACGGCGAGACGGGUGAGUGGGGUGUGAUGAUGGGAUUUGGACCGGGGUUCACGGUUGAGACCAUGGUGCUGCAUGCGGUGGUCAUCGACCUGCACGACGAGAAUUGACCCUCGCUCGAUUCAUAACCUAGCUACUUUCUGUCAUAUAUAAUUUGAAACAAAUUAUUAAAAAUAAACAAGUA